CUCAGAGAAUACAAGAAUGGCGCACGCGACUCUCUCUCAUUCCUCCAGAUUCUCUCGUCUCCUAUCAACCUCUAGAUUCCUCAGAAAACCGAGCCCCCUUUUCGCCGGAGAAGGGUUCCGAUGCUGUUGCUCCGCGGCCACCGACGACACUUCUCCUUCUCCUAGGAAACGUGUAGUGUCUGGAGUCCAACCUACAGGAUCAAUUCACCUUGGAAACUAUCUCGGUGCAAUCAAAAAUUGGGUCACUCUUCAGGAUACAUACGAGAACUUCUUUAUUAUAGUAGACCUUCAUGCGACAACAGUACCAUAUGACACACGACAACUAGGAAAGGCAACUAGGGAUACCGCAGCGCUUUAUCUAGCGUGUGGUGUAGACAUUUCUAAGGCUUCGGUAUUUGUGCAAUCUCAUGUCUGCGCUCAUGUGGAGUUAAAGUGUCUUUUGAGUUCAUCAACACCUAUCGGUUGGCUACAGAAAAUGACUCAAUUCAAAGAGAAAUCACGUAAGGAGGGGGGUGAGAAUGCUUCUGUCUUUUUGCUAACUUAUCCAGUUCUGAUGGCUGCUGAUAUCCUCUUGUAUCAGACUGAUUUUGUCCCCGUUGGUGAGGACCAGAAGCAGCACCUAGAAUUCGCCCGCAGCCUGGCACAGCGUGUGAAUCAUUUAUAUGGUGGAAGGAAGUGGAAGAAGCUUGGAGGACGUGGUGGUUCGCUCUUUAAGAUACCAGAACCACUCAUACCACAAGUUGGAGCCCGAGUUAUGUCUCUUACUGAUGGUCUUUCCAAGAUGUCCAAGUCUGCACCUUCUGAUCAGUCGCGGAUCAAUCUACUUGACUCAAAAGAUUUGAUUGCGGAUAAGAUAAAACGGUGCAAGACAGACUCAUUUGCAGGCCUUGAAUUUGACAAUGAUGAGAGACCUGAAUGCAACAAUCUCCUCUCUAUAUAUCAGAUUGUUUUAGGCAAGACAAAAGAGGAAGUGAUGGAGGAAUGCAAAGAUAUGAGCUGGGGUUCAUUUAAGCCUCUCCUUGCAGAUGCUUUGAUCGAACAUCUGAAUCCAAUCCAGGUCCGUUAUCACGAGAUAAUAGCGGAAACUGGAUAUUUGGAUAAAAUAUUGUCAGAUGGUGCAGACAGAGCCAUAGAUAUAGCGGAUGCCACAGUUCACAAUUUGCGGCAAGCUAUGGGAUUCUAUAUGAGGAAUAGUGCAAACUGAUGUGUGGUCGGUUUUUUUUUUUGGAGUUAGAUGGAUAGAGUAGAGUAACAUUCUUGAUUCAGUAGAAUUACAUUGUUGAUUCAGAGUAGAGUUACAUUCUUGAUUCUUAAU